CGAAAUGCUUCUGUAUUUUUUUCUGGUAUCAUGUGGUGUAUUUGCUUGUGGCAGUUGUAAAACUGUACACAUCUAUGUCAGCCCAGCUGGUUCGGAUUCAAAUUCAGGGCUGGAGCUGGGACACCCUAUAGAGACACUUGAAAAGGCAAAGGCAAAACUAGACGAGCCUGGAAUAACCGGAAACACUGUCUAUGUUGAGCUGAUGAAGGGAUACUAUGAUCUGCCAUCCAGUCUCCACUUCACACACAAGUACACAGCACCGGUCACAUUCGGGGCCUACAAUGGCCAGGAGGUGCACGUGACUGGGGGCAAGCGGAUGCCAGCGUCCAUGUUCCACAAGGUCACGGACAAUUCCGUGCUUCAGAUGUUGCCGCAGAAUGCUCGAAGCAAGGUGCUUCAAGUUCAUCUCCCGAAUGCUGGAAUAUCUGACUAUGGCAAUAUUACACGCUUUGGUUUCUACACGACCAAGAUUUCCUGGCUGGAGUUGUUUAUCAACGGAAAUCCAACACGCCUGGCUAGAUACCCGAAUGAGGGAUACAUCGAUAUAACAGCUGUGGAAUCGAAACACGGCACCACCUUUACAUACAAUUCCACUGAAGAUGCUCGUUGGACUCAUGAGAAGGAACCUUGGGCGAUCGGAUACUGGUAUUUUAGCUGGGCGGAUGAUGCAGUCAAAAUAGCUAACAUUGACGUACAGAGACAUCGGAUCACUUUGGCAAGGAAGACCCGAUAUGGACUGCGAGUUGGGCACUACAACGACGCCAGCCUUGCCGGCUUCUCCCAGCAGGGCGGCUACUUCCGGGUGUUCAAUAUACUGUCAGAGCUGGAUCAACCGGGUGAAUACUACAUCGAUAGAUCAACUGGUAUUCUGUACGUGUGGCCGAAUACUCCUCACGGUACGCUGUCCAACUCUGAUGUCAUUUAUGCCUCGAUGGUGACAGACUGCAUCAGGACAGAUUCCCAAGUCAGCAAUCUUCACUUCGAAGGUUUCUCCCUGGAAGCUUGUCGGCGUUAUGGAUUUGACCUCAACAGUGGACACAACAUUGGUUUUAAGAAUAUGGAGAUUAAAAAUUCAGGUGGCUAUGGAAUCCAUUGUUCUGGCGACUGUCGCUAUGUGACCGUGUCUUCCUGUGAGAUGCAUCACACCUGUGGAGGAAUCGCAAUUACAGGUGGUGACCGCAAGACUCUGACACCUUCUGGAAAUUUGAUAGAGGACAACCAUAUCUGGCAGUAUGCACGUGUUGGGGGAGUUGGCUACCACGCCAUCAGCCCCGGAGGAGUGGGAAUAUCCAUGCGCUACAACCACAUCCACGACGGCCAGUACACGGGAAUCAGAUGGGCGGGCAACGAUCAUGUGAUGGAAUAUAACCACUUGCAUCAUCUUUGUGUCAACUCCAGUGACUGUGGAGCUCUUCACGCCGGGAGAGACUGGACCAUGCGAGGCAACCUCAUCCGCUACAACUACAUCCACCAUACACUGAGGAACGUCCCCGGAGCCCAGGUCCGAGGCAUCAUGCUGGACGAUCAAUACUCCAGCGUCACAAUCGAGCAUAACGUCUUCUACGACAACGAGGUCCAUGCCAACAUCGGCGGUGGUCGUGACAACAUUAUCCGCUACAACGUGUUCUACAACGCCACAGGGGACGGUAUAGAGGUGGAUGGCAGGGGCUUGUAUCAUGCUCCAGGAGGCGACAUUAUAACACAUUUGAAGGCUGUGCCGUACACCAACCAACUUUGGGCGAGUAAAUAUCCAAAACUGGCCAAUAUGACAAACCCAAGCGAACCAGCAGGCAAUCAGAUCUACAGCAACAUAUUUUAUAGCCUGCCUGGUAUCCGCACUAUAUACUACACCAGUCGCAGUAUGGAGAGGCAGAACUACUUCAAUGUAUCCAAUAAUCACAAGUCGGUAUCAUCAACGGACUUCUGGUCACCUGAUGACGCUGACUUCCGGGUCAGAUGUCAUGCGCAAGAGUGGGCCAACGCCAUUAAUUUCCCUCAGCCAGUCGAUGUGAACCACGUAGGACCACGUCAUCCUACUGGGCCUGUCUACAUGCAGCAACCCAGACAGACUCACAAGUCCCAAGCUCACCCUGCUGCAUGUGCCGGAACCGUCGCCCCAGCAACGAAGACACCACAGACGCCAUACUUCUCAGACGGCUCUGGGCCAAAUACAAUAUACCCCAAAAUCCCCAAACAAGGUUGCUGGCUGAUCAUCACCGGGUGCCCCCUCCACCCCGUCAACGGCACACAGCGGGACGUGUGGGGGGAGCAGCAUGAGCAGACUGGGGUGAAGGAUGAGAACUGUCUGAAGAGGGCAGCAAAGGAGUGGAGGUACUGUGGCUCACCUGCCAAGGAAACUGUGACUGCAGUAUUCGGUCCAACAGGUGCAAUGACCAUAGCUGGAAAACACUGUUACUUCGCCGACUAUGGCUGUCCCAAACACGGCAAGGCCACCCCCGGGAGGCUGGAGAUUGAUCGGUAUGGCGAGACCCACGGGGCACUGACGGAGGAGGGGAAGUGUCUGGGUAGAGCGUCUGGGGAGUUUGAGUAUUGUGGAUCCGACCCUGCACAUCCGGUUACAAGCAUCUACGGUCCAACAGGCGGCAUAAGACAUGCUGGAGGCGGGUGCUGGAUCAAGAUCUCGUCCUGUCCCUCUAACACCAACCUGACUGGCUUCUUCUACGACGCCUGGGGUGCAACCAACCUUGACACAGAUCAUGAGCGCAAUGAGUGCUUGGCCCGAGCUGACCACUUCUGGCAACGAUGUGGGUCCCAUCGAGAAUUCCCUGUCACAGCCUACUACAAACCGAGGGCAGUGUCUAACACUGUACCCUGAAUACAUAUGUAUCGUAU